AGCAGCACGUCAGAACUAAGUUCAGCGCUUGCAAUGGAUCGGACUCGGACGACUAGGAGGCAAAACAGGAGGGCUUGUCCUUACACGAAGACCCCCGGGAAACACAGGACAAGGGUCUGUGAAGGUGAACACCCAGACUCCUCUCAAGAGGAUCUCCAUGUGAGAGUAUUGAGGAGUAAAGCCAGAGAAAACAGAGAAGGACCGUCCUCUCCAGUGGACGUUCACAGAGAGACCGAGGAAGAGACCGAACUCUACGCCGCACAGAAGUUGCCCGACCAUGUGCAAAGAGCUGCAUUCAAGGCCAAAUACAAACAACAGAAGAAGCUCGGCGAAGGAGGGUGUGGAUCUGUGUUUGCUGGUUCUCGCAAAGCAGAUAAUUUGCCUGUUGCCAUCAAACACGUCCCAAGAAAAACUCAGUUCAACAAACACGUGGACGAGCAUAGGAAUACGCUCCCCAUGGAGGUCGCCGUCAUGUUGAAACUCGCGGAGGAUACAAGUGGCACAGCGGCCUCUUCAUCACCUAUUUCCCUACUGGACUGGUACAACCUGAAACGGGAGCUGAUCCUGGUGCUGGAGAGACCAGUGCCCUGCGUGGACUUGGACACGUACAUCUUAUCAAAGCGAGGCUCCUUAGAAGAGGAAGAGGCCAAGAUCAUCCUGAAACAGCUGCUUGAUGCAUUAAUUGAGCUUCAGGAUAAGAAGAUCUUUCACCGGGACAUCAAGGUUGAAAAUAUCUUGAUCGAGACAGACUCGGACGUCCCGCGAGUUCGCCUCAUUGAUUUUGGGAUGAGCUGCUUCGUGAAGAGAGGCUCCACUUACCGCGACUUCUACGGUACCCCUGAUCACAUCCCUCCGGAGUUGUUCAAUAGUGAAUGCUACAGGGCCGGCCCCACCACAGCGUGGCAGUUGGGAGUGGUCCUGUAUGAAACGGUCCACAGGAACAAAUAUUUUGAGACCGUCACACUCCUCACAAACAGUCUGAGAUUCAGCAAGAAGCUGUCCAACGAUUGCAAGGAUUUCUUGCAAAGGUGUCUGACUGAAGACCCCAAACAGCGCCUGACCCUGGAGCAGCUCAAUCAGCACCCAUGGAUCAGAUAAAGCACCACUGAACUCACACAUCCGCGCCAUAUAAUACUGAAGUCAUCCAUGCACUAAUGAUGCUCUCUCUUUUUCUCUUUGACAGGAAGAACUUGAGGAACCGGGGCGGCCAGCCUGUGAUAGGCUGGCGAGGUCACUAGCCUGUGAUAGGCUGGCGAGGUCACUAGCCUGUGAUAGGCUGGCGAGGUCAGCGGCCUGUGAUGGCCUGGCGACCCUGGACAGGUCACCAGCGUGUGUACCUCGCCUUUGCUCAAUAUCAGCUGGGAUUGGCUCCAGCCCCCCUGUGAUAGGGUAAGAGGUUACAGAUGAUGGAUGGAUAUUAUUCAUUGUUUGCCCUUUUCUUUUGCAGAUCCUGUAGCACCCCCAGCCGUUCGAGGAGAGGAGAUCUCUCUUUGAAUUGCCUUUCCCGAGGUUUCUUCCCAUUUUCCAUCUGGCCUCAGGAAUUUGGAGGAGUUUUUCCUUGUCUUCUUAGAGAGCUUGGGCUGGGCAGGUUCUGCUCAUAUUCCAAUCAGCCAUUAUUUAAUGUGAUAUUUAAUACUGAGCAAUGAAAAUAAACUUUAAUUAAAUAUAAA